AUGGUCAGGCUACAAAAGAAGGGCAGCAGCAGCUCUCGCAAAAUUCGACACAUUUCAGGCAUCAGCUCAGUCGCUGGUCAUCUGCACAGUUCCCGCGUUUACAAGCCGAAGGAGAUUCGAAGUAUCCGAAAGAAUGCUCGUGUUGACCUCUCUGAACCUUCCCAACUUGACGACCCAGACCUCAUGGAUACACGCGGAGAUGAAGGAGGUCCAUGGGUAGACAUUGAUUUUGUGGAAGGCGUGUUGCAGGGCGAUUCUACUGUUGAGACGAGUCAUCAAGGUGGGGAACUUGAUGACCUCGUGGUUGAGUUGGAAGAAAACAUGUACGGUAACAAAAAACGAAGAGACUGGAGGACUCGCCGUGACAGGGUUGAGAAGCGUACGGCUGCAUUCAAACCCCAGCUCGAAUCCAUGGCCAACGCCUACAUGACCUGGAGUUACGGCCUCAAAAGCCUAGGAGCUGACCCUGGAGACAUUGAAGAGUGUAGCCUCCCUUACCUGGACGUGACAUUGGUUGAUGUCUUUGCCGUUCGAAAAGGGCGAAUUUACAUCGAUGGGGCGUUGGAUGCCAGCAUAGGUGCUGCAUUUAUUCGCCAGGGCUUUGUCCCCUGCUCUCCACUUAAUCCCAGCGUCGCCAUAUCCACUCGCACGUUCGAAUUCCUUGUACCUGUUUCGUUACAUUGUCCCAAGCUAUCAGCACACGCGUUUGUCAAGGGACUUGCUGCCAUUCACGGGACUGUAUAUCGACCGUACCUCUAUCAACAGUUCCUUAUCGCUAUCGACCUCUACCACGACUUGACGCGCGUUGUUGAACGCCGCGUCAAGAUUGCCCUCGGCCGUGCUUCAAGAGAUUGGCAGUUGAAGAACGCCUGCCCUUGCUGCAUGUACGAACUCGAGGGUGAAAAGCAGCUCUGCUAUAGGAUGCUUUUUGCCAUGGAUGGUAACAACUCGUUGAAGCGAAUGAAGCGGCUUGCAGGCAGUUGGGACGAGGACGGUGAGAAGGUAACUGGCUCAGGGCCAUCGAUAGAACGGAAGGACUCGCGAGUGAUUUUGGAUGACCGAUACCUGAGCCGUGAGGAAGUGGACAAAUGGGCUCGGGAGAAUUGGGGGGUCUGGGAGGAAGUCAAGGAAGAGGAGAAUCUCUGCGAGCAGAGAUGGCAGAACAUGAACGAGGGUAACACUGCGAGGUCAUGGUCUAUGUACGAGGAGACGGGAAUCUUCAUUGCGCUAUGUCGACAUAGCUUCGUCCUGGUCAUUGCUGAUAUGGUCGAGAGCGGGGAAAUGUUCAAGUACCCUUUAGCUGUGGUCCAUCGCCUGCUCACUGAGCUCGGUGAAUGCCUUGGUGGAGGGUACGACAUUGGGUGCAAGUUUGGGUCCACGCUAUGCCUUAGCCCACUUGGUAGACUGGCCAAGGAGCAACGUUACAAGAGCCUCGUCCCCAUAUUUCACGGACACGGGCACAAUCGACUUUGUCAGACCGAGAAUCUGGGUACCUAUGUGGAGGGCGUGGGGAAGGAAGAUCUGGAGACCUGCGAGAGAUUUUUCUCUCGUUCAAAUGACUUAGCGAGCUCCGUUCACCAUGCAAGUUCCUUCCAUCACCACCAAACCAUUUCUGCAUACAUACGCCAUACCGACGACUUUGAGACCUUUCAGAGACUGAGCAAGUUUUUGGUUGACAAAUUUAUGCAAGCAGCCCAGAUACUCAAGACUGAGGAUGCCGUGAAGAAGUCGCUGGAGGUUCUGGGGGUCACGUUCUUCAGAGACGUAGAACUUUGGCUCAACGAGGAGAAGACCUACUUGGCAUCCUUGAAGAAGGAGCCAGAAGAUGAAACGAUACGAAUGGACUAUUUCCGGGCCUUACGCAAGUACUAUAAAGCACUGGAGGCCGUGAAGAGCAUCUCGCUAGUUUGGGUAACGUCCACAGACCAGCUGCCAGAACGAAGUGGGAAGGCGACGGAGCUAGACAAGCAGCGUCGACGGAUGGUUGAGGACGUCGACACAGCAAGAAACAACGUGGUUGCAUUGGAGAGGCAUAUGGGCAUAUCGCCGGAAGCUUGUUGGACGUCAGACUCAACUGACUGGAAGGAGGCUGAGACUUUGGUGAAACGAGCAACGUAUCAACGUUGCCUUGACAAGCUAGAAAGUCUCAUCGUUGCCCGCUUGUUUGAGUUGACACGGAUGAAUAGAUCCCAUACAGGCUACAAUCUUCGUUCACACAUUGGCAAGGUGAUAAAAGCCCGUUCACAGGCCAUCAAGACAGCUCUCAACAACUUCAACGAAGCCGCCGCUGCUCUCUUCCCCGACCGAGCAGCUCUGGAAUGGGAUGAAGUCGUAAAAUACGCCUUCCUUGCUGACUUCGACCUCCUCAGAGAAACUCGGCUUGAUAUUCGAGAGAAACCAUGGGCAACUCCAGGAGGGCGAGCCGCUUUGGACGGGUACUACCAGCUGCAACGAGCUCGAGAGGAAAUUGAUCGCAUUCAAGUCGAGGUCCGCCGACUAAUGACCUUCAUGGAAGAUGAGCAGACUUACCUGGCAGCAAAAUUCAAGGCAUACGAAGCCAAUAACCCUCUCCUCGCCCACCAAAUCCUUUGUCAUGCCGAAAGGCGUGGACGUGCCUUUGAAAUGCAUCAUGAUCGUCUCCAGAAGCUGCAGAAGUUUCCCAGCUUCAUCCCCACCGCGUUGACACCAGGCCAGGCCGUUCAGACAGUUGAGGAGCGCUGCCAGGGUAGCAUAGUAGUGGGACAGGACCCUGAGCUACCAACGCCAGUCUCUGGAGCUCAUGGACAGGUUGAUCUAGGCACUGAGUCUGAGGAAGAAGAGGAGAAGGAAGAGUCUGAUGAUGAGCUGCUGAGCAGCACUCUGGAGGCUGUACUUGCUCUCACAGAGUGA